CCAGUCGUGUGUCGUUGCGAGCUGUUAGUUGUAAUCAGACUCCGUUGGGUUUGUGGCUGCGCUAGAACGGUGUCGAGGAGAGCUGUAGGCUCGAAAACGCGAAAUAUGCGCAAGUAAGGCAUAUAUGUGUUCUAUAAUUUUAUGCAUAUAACAGUUUAUGCUAAUACACAAAGCACGUUAAGGUAGCACAUUUAUAUUCUGGGCAAUUAACGAAUACGAAGGUGUAACAGUUGAUUCGUUUUUCAGUAAUAAUUACGCGAAAAGGAAUAACUGUUCAGCAUUUAUGGCUGAUGGAACACAGUGCUGCAAACUCUUCAGAAGGUCGUCUUAGGAGCAACAAAAUAACUAAACCGAUUUUACUGUUCUUGUCUUUCGUGCAGUAACGUCCGCAACUGUAAACACACAAACAGCUUGACAGCACGCCGUUUAGAUGAGCUGUCACUAUUCAGCAUUGUCACUUUGUUACUUUGUGCGCAGUUUGCUAGGAGAAUUUCCGUUUUCUGUAAAUUCAUCUACUUUAUAACAAUAAUAAAUAUAAAACUAAAGUAAGAGACAAAUGUCUUACUCCUAGUUUCGUAGUGAUAAUAAAAUUUGUUUUUGUAAUUUAAAUAAUAAUACAGUUAUAAAUCAAGAUUUUAUUACUGGUGAAGAUAAGGAAUAUAAGAAGCAGGAUGCAUGAGUCAUAAAAUAGCUUCAUACGUCCGUACAGACUCAGAAAAAGCGGAAAUAGUGCAUCGGAUGGACGACUGACUUUCGCUGAAAUUUGCUGUGCUUUGCUAGAUGAAUCACGACACUGGCCUCACCCAAGAAGUUGUAGUAGAUCUACCGGAAGCGACAUCGAAAUGCAUCAAGAUCGACUCUUGCGAAGAAGACAGGAUAGAUAAAUGUUAUCUGUUGCAAUAAAUACAAGGAGCCGGUCCUUCGUUUUGCUUGGAAUCCGGUUACAGAACAAUAAAAUGUUAUCUAAUGGUUAGUGAAGGAUCUAGAAAUAAAACACAACAACUUGAUGGGCUCUGUAACAUGGCGACAAAAAAUGUCGGGCAAGCAGAAUGAACUAGAACAAAAUCUGAGAUGUUAAGUUGCUUUCUGUGUUCAUAAUGCAGGUACAGCGGAAAUUCCUAUUCGGUUAAAACAGAAGAUAAAGAAGUUGUGGUCUGACGACAAAAAGAAAAACCCUCUGGAGCUCUACUGUGUGUUCCGAUCUACAGAUAGAGCAGAAGAAAACGCGUGUCUGACUGCUUCGAAGUUACAGGAGACGGAAAUGACGUUUUACGUCCAUCUCAGUGACCACUUCCUUCUUAUUAUUAGUAGCUGACUCCAUUGCUGCUUUCCUCAUUUUGUUUUUCUUCUUUGGAAGAUAUAACUUUCCACUGGGAACAAAGCAAGGUUGUAGGGAAAUAAGAGACAGAAGGUGUUUUAUUACCAAAUCUAGUCAAAUACAGAUUAAUCGAAUUAAUGCAAGCUUAAUGAGCAGCACAGUGAGUGGCAACUUGCCUUCAAACGCGAUUUUUAAAAGGUAAUAGAAGAGUGGAAGUAGAAAAUCCAAUAACAGCUAAAUGUCAAUGAAAAUAAUUCAUAUGUGAAGGGGUGUCCAAACAGUUACUUGCACAACUAUGAAAUUAGCAAAGCCAAUGCACUAAAAGCGAUUAAUGCAUUCUGUUUAAGUACGUGCAUAGUGGUGACAGUGCACCAGCCUCUGAAUGCUUCACAUGAUUAUUCAUUGUACCAAAGCAUCAUUUACAUAAAUCCAUUUUUUAUUAAUUAAUUUAAUACGAAGAGUAGUGAACGGAAGGAAUAAUUUUUCGUCGCUUUUUAAAUCGAAGGAAAAUGGAUGAAUUUAUCUCCACUACGAAGGAUUUACUAUCAAGAGUCGAUGCGAAAUAUGGAGAUAAUAGAAAUGUGAAGUUGAAAUAAGUUCAGGAGUGCGAGUGGUUUGUGGGCAGUGCAACAAUGACUCAGCAACAGCAGCCACUGAUGUUAUGUCAAGAUGGCGGCGGUGGUGUUGUGGCGGGCUCAGCUGGAUCCACUAGUAUAUGUGGAAAAGAUUUUCGAGAACGCACCCUUCGUUCACUAAAAUUAUCACUGGGAAAGUUAUGGAAGCGGAGAUCAGUCACUAUUACUGAAUACGACCCUACCUACAAGGUGGCGUACCUCGGAAACGUGCUGACAGGAUGGGCCAAAGGUGAAGGCUGUGUGGAGAAGCCGCUGUCAACUCUGUGGAAGAAUUACACUGGCAGUUCCAAGCCGGACGUGCAAAUGAAGGUGACCGUGACCCAGGCGGGCCUCAAGGCCGUCACAAAGGAACACGGUCUUACAGAGUACUGGAGUCAUCGCAUCACGUACUGUGCAGCCCCGGCCUCCUUCCCACGAAUUUUCUGUUGGGUGUACCGCCACGAAGGGCGGAAGCUGAAACAAGAACUUCGAUGUCAUGCUGUGUUGUGCUCUAAAGAGGCCGUAGCUAGACGUAUGGCAUCUCAGCUAAAGGCCAAACUAGCUCAAUCACUUUCAGAGUUCAAACGUGACAAAGUGUGUCGACAGAAUGCUCGACUGUCUCUUGCAAAUUCUGUUUACGAGAACCCUUCCUUACCACGGAGGAAGAUUCUUCUAUCAACAGGCUCUCAUAACUAUAGACCUCCACUUGAAAGAUCAAAAUCAGCUCCUAAAUUGAUGGUAAUCGAAGAAAGUAUUGAAGAAGGAGAAGAAGAAUAUACAGAUCUACCAAGAGACCAUGUUAAUAGACUGUACAAAGACGCCAGUGUUCUCAUUAGGUUAGAAGAAGUGCCUGGCGAGGAAAAGUAUCAGGACCAUCCAAAGGGAACUGAGAAUAUGACUCAGAGGUGCAAUGAUAAUAAUGAUGAAAGAGAACAAAGUGAUAGUCCGACAUCUCGAGGGACAGUGAGGCGCCAUGAUAACAGUGAUGAAAGAGAGCAAAGCGAUAGUCCGGCAACUCGAGGGACAUUGAGGACAUUGAGGCUCCAUGAUAACAGUGAUGAAAGAGAGCAAAGUGAUAGUCCGACAUCUCGAGGGACAUUGAGGCGCCAUGAUAACAGUGAUGAAAGAGAGCAAAGUGAUAGUCCGACAUUUCGAGGGACAUUGAGGACAGUGAGGCGCCAUGAUAACAGUGAUGAAAGAGAUCAAAGUGAUAGUCCGACAUCUCGAGGGACAUUGAGGACAGUGAGGCGCCAUGAUAACAGUGAUGAUAGAGAGCAAAGUGAUAGUCCGGCAACUCGAGGGACAAUGAAGGAGAGGGGUGUAGUUGAGAAAGAGGUGAAUGACAUGUCAUUUGAUAAAUGUAGCCGACUGACUAGUGUUACAAUGGGUGAUAAUGAGUCGGGUAAUUUAGAAGGAAAUAGUUUGUCAGUGUACAGGUUUGAAAACAAUCCAGAACACGUCAGUGAUAGGGAAACAGCAUCCAGUCAUGGUUUGCCAAGGUUCAGAGGAUCAGGACAUGAAUUCAAGAGAAAUGUGGUCUCGAAUUUAGAGACUAGGAGUACAAGUGAGGAUGGUGAUAGUUGGAGAAGAAAUGUAAGUAAUUAUCACACCGAGAGAUUAUUGGUUAUUGGUUCCUGUAAAGAUGGUGAUGUCCGACGAUGUAUCCCAAUAUCGGGAGGAGUGAAUCAAGAAGGAAUUAGGAACAGUCAGAGGGAAUUUGAAAGUGAUGAAGGAUCGAACAGUUUACAAAGCAUUUCUAGCAGUGCAAGUUGUAGUUCUGACAACUCAUCUCGUGUUUCUUCGGAUCUUACGCCUCUUGUCUCUUACAUAUAUGAGGACUCAGAAAUUCAGACUACUGAAGAUGAAGUGGAGGUUCAUCUGCAUCCCACAGGUGAAUCUGCUGCCUCCAAUUUGGAUCAGCUGUCGGCUCAGUUGAGGCGAUCGGCGACUUUUCCUCCACCUUCAGCGCUUGUUUAUGCCAAUGGGGGUGAGGUCUCUGAGCUUGACUCGCUGUCAGAGGAAGAUGAUGCGAUGGAAACCCCAGGGCAACAUGAGGAAGAGGAGGAGAGUGAUGAAAGUGGCUAUGUAGAACUUAUGGAUUCUGGAGUGAAAGAAUCUGGAGAAAGUACUCUCUCAUCUGAUAGGAAAGAGACAGAUUUGGCCCAUCAUCAGAUGAUGAAGAUCAUCCUCAGAGGAGACAGCCGUAGUUCACAUUGCCUGCAGGUGUGAUGUCAUUUGAUUAUUAUCUAAGGAGUUUUGACGGUUAUAUUGGUUUUAACACCUUCCCAGGUAUCGUGUUGGGAAUGUAGCUUACAGUUCACAUUUUGCCUUCCUUUAGAUAUACUGUCACUUCAUCAGGAUAUAUAAUAUAUAUAAUAUAUUUAAUAACCUUGUAUUCCUUAAUGGAUUUCAUGCAAAAUAAACAAGUUGACAAGCUGUGACUUAUUUUAGAGUAUCAAGGGCCUUUAUAGUUCAGCCAAAGAUAUCUAAUAUUAGAAUCUUGUUAUAUUCAUAAAAAUGUUAUCACUGACAGUUGAAUUUGAAGGAACAGCAUCUGCAUUACGGCUUUUUGGCUCUCCUCUUGUCCUUAGAAUAAGGUGUCAGGAGUCAGUGUUAUGUUUGUUGUCAUUAGUCAUCAAAGUAUUGACACCCUUUCAAAAAUUCACAUUUAGUAUGCCUUUGUUCUGUAACUAUAUACUUGAUUACCAGUAUUGCACUAAUUCAUAUACCUUGGGAAAUGUUUAUUUCCAAAAGAUUUUGUGGUCAUAAUUGUCAAUAUGGUUACAGAUUAUGGAAGAGAUGAAUUUUGUUGCUAUUCUUCUGCCCUUCAAGAACAGUUUUAUGGUAGUUAAAAAGAUUAUUUGACAGAUGCUUACAGUUAAAAUUAUGGUAUUCUUCACAUGGAGAGAAUAAAAUACCUACAGAUUGAAGUGUUAUGAAAUAUGGUACUGAGGAGUAAUGUAACCAUUUUCUUAACCACUCUGAAGCAUAUAAAAUGGUGGAAUAGGCAAAGAAAAGCAGAAAUGAAACGGGUUCAGCAUGUGACAUUAUUAUUAUUUAAAAUGACCUUGGUGGUGAAUAUGAGCUUUCACACUGGAAUGGGAAAACUUUGGUUUGUAAUUUUAUCAUAAGUGAUUUAUGACUUAAAUAUAAUUGUAAAGAACUGUAAAGGGUUCAUAUCUAUCUUUAUGAGAGUUUGUGAUUUUUUGACUGAGAUGCCCAAGUUUUCCCAGUCCUACUUUAGAAUAUAAGUAUGAAUACAUAUCAAUUAGGAAUCGUACUCAUAGCACUAUCAAUUAUUGUAACAGUAUUUUGUAGUAUUCUUGUCACCACUAUUUCUGUACAGAAUGUAAUGGGAAUGGAAUCAAAAUACAAGUUACUGUAUAUA